CAUUGCUCUUUGCUGUGUGUGUGUGGCUGGUAUGGGCAUACCAUUUCAUAUAUAAAUUGUUUUAAAGUACUUCUCAAAGCUUAAAUGUCUGCAUUUGAGGAUUGAUUAUUUUUCUUUCAUCAUGACUGACAUUGAAAUGCGUCCAGAGGACGUAGGGCAAAUACUCGUCAAAGUUCAAGAGGACCUAAAGCAGCUUCGAGAGAGGUUUAUACGGAAUCCUGAUGGGCAGGUCAAUUUCUCUGAACUAGAGGAUGCAUUGUCCAAGACAGAAAAAGGACUACAGAAACGAACAGAGGAGGUGGUCAACAGACUCAAUGACAGAGUGCAGAUGAUUCCUUUCUCAGAUCAAGCUCUUCAUGAGGAGCAUUCUCCAACCUUGGAAACUACAGUGAACCUUCAGCAUGCUGUCAACUUAAACAAACCAUCCUACAUGAUGCGCCAGCCACAACCACCUGGAGUUAUGUUACCUGCCCGGCGUGUCCAGCUGAAAGGCCUUUCGCCUGGCCAGAGACAUCAUCAGCAGUGGGCUUUGAGAACUAUUUUCAAUCCACACAAUGAACAGAACCGACCAGUGAUGCGGGAAAACUUUGGCAUCCAGUUGCCCCUUAUUAAUGAACGCAGAUCACAGAAGCCACCGCCAAAACCAAUACAGGGCACAACAGUAGAUCAUCUUACUGUUUUGCCAAGAGCUAAUCGUGUUGAUCCUCAGCUGGCACCACCUCCGAUCACUGAAAAUGAUGCACGUAAAGGCAUUUUAAGUCUGCUAGAACGCGGGCUCAUUCCACAGGCAGCCCACCUGACCCUUGACCCCUCACCUGUCCAUCACAGGGCUGUCACUCUGCUCAAUACUGACAGCAAGGCAAGGACAGGAGUAAUAGAAACCUCUGCAGCAGUGCCUAGUCUUCAGUACUUUAGUGGAAAGUCAAGUGGUGACCAGAUGGAUCUGAGUCGCAUACCACCUGUGCCGUCUCGUCCUGCACCUACACCUGAGACUCGAAGUCAGUCUGCAAAAUCACGCCCAUCUUCAACACUGUCUGGACACCCCAAGACACCUGCCACUGUCAAGACUUUUGAAAUGCAACUGCAGCCAAUGCUUCCACUGAUACAGCCUCCUCCCACUACACCAGCCAGUGGAGAUUUUAAGACACAGAAUCACCGUUUUGCAAUUCAACAUGGCAAAGUACGUGACACCCAGCCAGAGUUUCUGGCCUUUAAGCAACACUAUUGUCUCACAUGGGGCAGCAUUGUCACAACAUUAAAAUACUUGGAAAGGAUGCUGGCUAAUUUUGCAGUUCCUGUUGCAUUUAUAAAUGGAGACAAGCUGGCAGAUUUGUCUAUAGAGUAUGAGCUGGAGAAGGCACCAAGUAUUUCAGAGUUUCUGUCUGUCAUUGUCAACAGGGAGGAUGUUGAAGCCAUCAUCAGCAAACCGGGAAGGCGUUUUUUGGGCCCAAAUGGCCAAAAUAUGGCAGCCACACAUAUUCAGUCUACAUGGCGACGGUAUCGUGAGCGUUCACAGUAUUUGGAGUAUCGACGGUUAAAGUGGGCUGCUGGUGUUAUCGCAAUAUCUUGGAUCAUGCACAUAAAAAUGGCCAAAAUGCGAGAACAGCUACGACAGACCCGGCUACAACUUGAAAACUUCAAGCAAAGAGCAAAGAAAUUUUCCGCAGCCUGGGACCGUAUUAAAAAAUCCAAGCGAGUUAUUGUACACCCUUCACUGGGACUCAGCCAAAACAUUCGAGACAGCAUCAGUGACUUUGGUGUGCGGCAGAACACCCAGAUGGCACGACUGUGUGACAUCCAAGAUCCGAAUGUGGAUGUCAUCUUUGUGUCACCUGUACCACUAAGUGACGAGACACUGCAAUACUAUUCUAAACUGCUAGGACUGUCAUCAGCUGUGGCUUCUGGAGAGGUUGAUGACCAGUGUGACAUGUCUGAAAGAUACAAAAUCUUUGUUCCUGAAGCUGUGAAAAGUUUCCCGGCUCACCGAAUGUGCCUGUCCUCCAUUCUCAAGUAUUCUCCACGAACACUGAAACGCAUUGCAAACCUCAUCCGAGGCCGAGAUGCAUACAUCGUUACUGGCAUCCCCCAUAAAGAUGAUCUUGCUGUAGCAGACGCCCUGAACUUGCCAAUCCUGUCACCUGAGCCUGAGUUAGCACAUCUAUAUUCAACCAAAUCUGGAUGCAAGCGGAUUUUUGCCUCUGCUGGUAUCAGCACACCCCCUGGGGAAUACGAUGUUUAUAGUAUUGGUCAGCUACAUGAAUGCCUGGCGCAGCUUGUGACAGAACAUCUCAGUGUUAAGCGCUGGCUGUUCAAACUGGACAGUGAGUUGGAUGGACGAGGCAUUGCCUUCUGUGAUGUUACUGAGCACCUUAAGUGCUUUCGCUGGGCUCAGAAAGAGGCUCAACGAUAUGGUGACAAAUGGAGCAAGAAAUGGGCACAGGAAGCAGCAUACAUCAAGAUUCAUGCAGAGAUUCCAGACAUCCUUUCAGAGUUUGCCAAGCCUUGCAACACAAAGAUCUAUCCAACAUGGGAGCACUUUUUGAAUGCUUUUCUGUCUUUAGGGGGUGUGAUUGAGGCUUGCCCACCGUCUGACAGCAUCACAACUUUGACUGUGGACAUGCUGAUUGAGCCAACAGGUCAGCUGCAAGUACUCACAUCAGGCGACCAGAUCCAUGCAGAGGGGCAAUUCCAGUGUUGGGUGUCACUACCCCAGUCUUCUGUUGAGCCAGCCAUUCUGAGCGCAAUGUGCAAGCAUAUAGGUGAUGCUUGCAAGUCCCGGGGCAUCGUGGGAUACCUGCGGAUUGAUUUUGUAACUUUUAUAGACCCCAAAACAAUGGAGCAGGUGGUCUGGGCCCUCGACUUGUGGUUACACUACAGUGAUAUUCUUGCCAUGUUCCAACUUGCAUGCUUUGUCACACGUGGCCAGUUCAAUUCUCGAGAUCAUACAUUCACUGUCAGUCCUCUUCCAACUCGGCGCAAGCUGCGGCGAAGGAGACUGGCUGGCACUGAAGAAGAGCCUGAACCUCAUGCUGGUCGGUAUUGUGUUAUGAGUACAAGACUGCACCACACCAACCUUGCUGUUGUUCACUACAGCGUGUUCUUCCAGAUGUGUCGUGCUCAUGGCAUUGGCUAUGAUAUCAAGGAGAAGCAGGGCACUAUGUUUACACUGAUUGACAGCUUUAACAGGGAACGACUUGGACUGAUUACUAUUGGAGACAACCUUCAAGGGGCAUUAGCUACAUUUGCCCGUAACCUGUCAGUUAUACACCAAGAGGUGUCUGCUCCCAAUAUGCAGGGAAUCAACAACUUUAAGGGUGCAAUUGAGGACAUUGAAGGUAUCUUAGGAACUACAGUGCAAAAUGCAGAAGAGUUGGAUGGUGAAGAAAGCAAGGAGACCUGAGAGCCAUUUGCACCUAAUCCACAAUCUGUAAGACAAUGUCCUCAACAUCUAAUCCACGAUUGUAAUAAAGCUCCAACACCUGCAGGAGACUUCCUGUAAUAUGGACACGAAUCUACUAUCUCUAGAUUCUAGAAGGAUGGUAGCUAUUUAAGAUUUCUGUUUGUAAUUAUCAAAAAUAUAAUAUAAUGCCACAAAACAUUCCAAAUGUGAAACCUCUGUGACUCUUAAAAAUGAAACAUAUCUAAUUAUAGACAUAUCUAUAUCAACAUAUCCAUGACUUUUGUGGAAGUGAUAUUUAGUGAUUUUAGCAAAAAAAGCUGGAUUUGCGAAGCAUUAAAAAAAAAUUGCCAUUUGUGCUAUUUCUCAAGUGCUUC